CAAGCUCGGGGCCGAUCACCCAAACACGCUAACGAGCAUGAACAACCUCGCUUUUACCUGGGAAGAUCAAGGUCGACGCGGAGAUGCUUUAGCACUGAUGGAGGAUUGUGCCCAGGCAAGGCGGCGAGUGCUUGGCGAAGAGCAUCCAUACACAUUGUCGUCUUUGGCCGCCGUCGCCGAGUGGAGUCGUUUAAUCUAGCGUAUUCUUUUAGAUUAUAGCAAGAGCACAACUUAUGUAGUAAUUGUCACAGAAUGGCGUAUUGCGGGUUCCUUAUCGCUAGCC